CCUGGGCGAGCGCCGUCUGGGACCUGGACUUCACGGAGGCGGAACCGCUGGACCCCCGGCUGGCCGAGGAGAUCGCGGGAGAGGGGCCGGAGGCUUUCACCGGGCUCUACCGGUCGCUGUCGCCGUUUGCUGCAGGGGGCCGUGAGGACCGGGAGAACGUCUGGAGCCUGUUUGCUGAGAGCGGCGUCUCCGCCAGCGCGCUCGUGGCCGUGUGGCACCACUUCGUGCAGGCGGGCCAGCACAAGCGAGCCCCCGCGCAGCAGAGGGUCUGCGCUCUGCGGGCGGCGGGGCUGUACUUCCUGCUGCUGGAGGUCCCAGGCAGCAUAGCCAACCAGCUGUUCCAUCAAGUGAUGUUUGAUAAAUGUCUUCACACCCUGACAAAAUGUUGGCCUCAAGAACCAGAUCUGGUGAGGAAAAGAAAGAAGAUGCACACUCAGAGCUCUCAGACCAGCGGCAGAAGAAGUAGAAAGAAAGGAAAACCGUGCAGGAAUGGCAAUACACUGGAAGAGGAGGAGGAAGAGGAGGAGGAGGAUUGUGAAAAUGUUUACUUCUCAACGGAUGAUCUUCUUCAAGUUCGCAACUCCAUCUUCCUUCUUCUGAAAAACUUCCUAAGACUUCUACCGAAGUUCUCCCUCAAAGAAAAACCUCAGUGUGUGCAGAACUGCCUGCAGAUCUUUGUUGAAAUGACAACCUUUGAGCCGGCGGUACGCAAGCUCCAGUUCUCAGCAGCCAUGAAUGUCAACGAAGCCAAGUGCGUUCCUGAGCUGGCCUAUCAUGGACUUCGGUUACUGUGUUCCCCUCUCCAUGGUGCACGGGAUAAGAUUCUUCGCUGUGUCUUCCAGCGGAUCCUCAAUGUCAUUCUUAUGCUGGAAAGUGGUGUGGGUUCCAGACCCGCAGUCCUUGCCAUCACGUCGGCUGUGAUCGGUGCCAGGAAUCAGGCUAUAAAAUUCAUCAGUUCUCUGGUAGAUGAGCUGAAAGAAGCUGUUUUUCCCAUUCUUCGAAUAUUGCUGCAACAUAUCUGUACCAAGGUCCCAGAUAAGGCUGACUAUCGCACGCACGCUGCGCAGGCCUUGGUGACUUUGCUGAAUCAACUCCCUUGCGUAGAGUUUGCCGACUUCAUCGCUUGGCUUUAUAAAUACUCACGCAACACGAAGAUUGCCUACAGAGUGUUUGCUCUUGACGUCGCCUUGGCUUUGUUGGAUGUGCCGGAGAGGAGCUCGGACAGCUCCUUGUCCCUGGAUCGUCAGAAUUUCCUAAAGCAUAAGUUUUUAGUACAGGUCAUGGUGUUUGGCCGGUGUUCGGACAAAGCACCCGUGGUCCGUAGCAAAGCUUUAAGCAGCUUUGCCCACUGUCUCGAAAUGAAAGCUGCUGCUACCUUGGAGAGCAUACAGGACUUGGUGCAAACCUGUGACCAUACAGUCUUGGAAGCAAACACAAAGACUGCGAGUUCGAUAGACAGUGCGGAAGCUCUGUCCAGCCAUCCACUGAAGACCUUACCGACCUUCAAAACCAUUGAGUUGACAGACAGCAGUGAUACUACUGCGCUUGAUGGAAAAGAAAUCAUGGCCAUGCUGAGACUGAGAGCCGGGGAUGAGAAAACCAACGUGAGGAAAUCUGCUCUCCAGGUGUUUGUGAACAUCCUGAAGCACAAGGUGGUCCCUUGCACUGCAGAAGACUUGUCCGCUCUUCAAGACCGGUGCCGGGACCCGGCUGUUUCUGUGCGGAAGCAGGCCUUGCAGUCUGUAACGGAGCUCCUGGUGUCUCAGCACAACAAUGUUCUGGUGCAGAAGGCCUGGUUAAAUGGUGUGGUGCCUGCUGUGAUGGACGCUGAAAGUUCUGUCCAAGAAAAGGCCUUGGAUUGCCUUGAUCAGCUCUUGUUGCAACAUAUAAAAUACUAUAACAAAUUCAGGAGUGAAGAUGGGAAGCAGGCCCUAGCGUGGGAUCUCCUUACCCUCUUGACUUCAGAGAGCCAGGAGCUGAACCGUUACUUGAACAAAGCUUUUCACAUGUGGUCCAAACAGAACAAGUUCACCUCCACUUUCAUUAGCGAUGUCAUGUCUCAUGUGGAAACGGAGCAUGCCGUAGCGGCUUGGAUGUUGCUUGCUAAGGUGGCGGGUUCUUCACCCAAGCUGAAUUAUUCCAAGAUCAUUGAAUCCUGGGACCAUGUCAGCAGGCAGCCCAACGUGAGCGUUGAUACUACGGCACACAUCCUGUGUGUCAUGGGUCACGUUGCAAAGCACCUCCCCAAAAGCACCUGUGAGGGGCUGAUCGAUAAUAUCAAGUGCUGGCUGAGGGAGUCUCAGUGUCCCUUGGAGGUGAUCAGCCCAGCUGUAGAAACUCUGCAGAAGCUCUGCCACGCGUACGCAGAUGUGCUGGAGGAGGCACAGGAGCUGCUCAACCAGGUGUGUGGAGAUUUAGUAUCCACCUGUGAAAGCUAUAUUUCGAAUGUAGUCCUCACGGAGGAUGGAGCGGAGCAGCUGCGCGAAGAUCUGCUGGUGAGGCACCUCUUCAUCCUGGGUGAGGCUGCACAGCUCUGUCCCGCCAAAGUGGAGAAACGCAUCUUCCUUUUGGUUCAGUCCAUCCUGGCUGCUUCUGUCAACGAGGACCCAUAAGAUAAGGAAAUUGCCGCUUCUCAGCCACUGUCCCAGUUCAGAGGAUCAGCCAUGCCUCCAGUGGUCAGAGCUCACGCGUUCGUGACUCUAGGUAAACUGUGUUUACAGCAUGAGGAUCUGGCAAAGAAAUGCAUUGCAGCUCUGGCUCGAGAACUGGAGGUGUCACGUGAUGUGGCUGUUCGCAAUAACGUUGUCAUCGUGAUGUGUGACCUGUGCAUCCGCUACACCUCCAUGGUGGACAGAUACGUUCCCAACAUUUCGCUGUGCCUGAAGGACCCAAAUCCCUUCAUCCGUAAGCAGACGCUGAUCCUGCUCACCAACCUUCUGCAGGAGGAAUAUGUGAAAUGGAAAGACUGUCUCUUCUUCCGUUUCAUCAGUGUCUUGGUGGAUCCAAAUCCAGAGAUUGCCAGGUUUGGAGAGUUCUGCUUGGUGCAUCUCUUGCUGAAGAGGAAUCCAGUAAUGUUCUCCCAACACUUCAUUGAGUGCAUCUUCCAUUUCAAUAGCUAUGAGAAACACGAGAAGUACAACAGGUUCCCCCAGAGCGUGCGGGCGAAGAAUCUCUUCUCUCUGAAGGGAAAAGAUAACAAAGAAAAAAGGAUGCUUAUCUAUAGGUUCCUGCUCGACCACUUCACAGACGAGCAGAGGUUCAGCAUCACAACAAAGAUCAGCCACAGCAUCCUAGCGUGCUUUGUGGAUGAGAUCCUUCCGUUGGACUUGGAGGCCAGUGAGCUCCUCUCAGAUACAUUCGCAGUCCUUAGCUGCAAAGAAAUCAAGCUAUCGACGAUGAGAUCAAAACCCGACGAAGAGGUUCAGCCUGACGAAGAUGAAAUGGCGAUGGCCCAGGCUGUCAUGCAGGCGGCGCAGAAAAAGCUCAUCUCGCAGGUUCAAAAGAAGAACUUUGUAGAAAACAUCAUCCCGAUAAUCACAUCACUGAAGUCUUUGAUGGAGCAGAAGAGGAUCCCAGCUCUUAGGGACCUUAUGAACUACUUGCGGGAAAUGAUGCAAGAUUACCGAAACGAAAUCAAAGACUUCUUUGCUGUGGACAAGCAGCUGGCAGCCGAGCUGGAGUACGAUAUGAAGAAGUAUGAAGAGCAGCUGGCCAGGGAGAAGGAGUCGGACCAGGAGCAGGGCUCGGUGGUGCGGGCGGAGCAACCUCCCUCUUUGGAGACAGCUGUACCUUCUGGUGGCUGGAAUAAUAAUGCUCCGUCUCCUCGAAGUGGGAGACAGUCCUUGCCACCGGGAUCAAGUCUUUCCUCUGUGCCUCCCGAGUUUACCACACCUGAUGGUCUGAAACAGCCGUUACUCCGUCGCAGGCCAGCAUCCUUAAGCACACUGGCCAUCCUGAACUCUGCCAGGGAAGCAAUGGAAGCCAGAAGCAAGCAACGCAGCAGGAGCGUGGGAGGAAGUUCAUCGGCCGUGUCGCUUCCACCAAGCACGACUGGCAGCAAGCAAGUAUCCUUUCAAAGCCUGAAUCAACAGUCAACCAGAGAAAAUGUUCCUGGGGUGGGCCGCGCAAUCAGCACGCCAGAUCAGACCAUUAAUGACUUGACUUUCGGCGCUGGGGUCAGUUACAUCAGCUUGACGCGCACACCGGAUUCAGCGCCAGGGAAUAAAGAGGCUGAGGAUGAGCCAAGAGAUAUUAUCUGUUUGACACCACCGGAGAAACCCCUGACCCUGCCACGGAAGUGGGAAGUAGAAUCCCCAGCAAGGAAAAAAAGCAGCCGGCCCGUUCCUCUGAGAUGGUACCCACGGAGAACUCCCCUGAAACCAGACAACUGA